CCAUCUCAUCCAUCAUCUGCCUUGGUGGGAGGUGGGGGCUUUGCCUGCCAGUGAUAAGGAUGAGACAAGUGGAAGGUCCAAUCCCAAGGUCUCCCCUGGCUAUCAGUGAACAGGUAAUCACCCCAGGCCAUCUUCUUAGUCUUCCAGGAGAUGGGGAAUGAGAAAGAGCUGUGAGAAAAGAAAAGCAAGGAAAGGGGAGUACGGAGGGGACACCGAGAAGGGAUGAUGGGCUUUCGACGCUUUUACUUUCACCAAUUUUGAAUCCCUUUCUUUGGAUCCUUGUACCCUACGCCCCCACCACACUCAGUAUUUCUUUCCAUGGCCUCCUCUCUUAGUCCGGAUUAGAAAAAUGAAUGUGAUGUACACACAGCACCGUAUAGCCUGGGCGUUAAGUGGAGCCAGGCAGCCUGGGUUCAAGCCCAGCUCCAUCACUGACAAGCUUCUUAAUAGCUCUAAGCCUCAUCCUCACCAUCUGAAGUGGGAACCACAGUACUUCUCCACAGGGUGGUGGCAGAGAUGAAAUACCAAAUACCAAAUAUGGGGAAGCACUUGGAACAGUGCCAGACACUUACCGGCUACUGUGACCUGCUGAGAGGUCUACCUGGAUGCAGAUGUCCUGCCUCACUCACCUGCUUUUCCACCUGCCCAAAGUAGGGGCAGGGUGAAUAGGAAAUGGGGGACACUUUUCUGAUCCCACUGCCAGUCUCUGAAAGCUCCCCUGCAAGAACUUCUAGACCAGAUCAUUGGCACUGGCAACCUGAAAUUUCAACUCACUUCCCCACUCCCUGGCAAUUCUCUUCUCCAAGGACACCUGUGACUCCAGCCUGAUAUACCUGCAAGCUGUUCUUCAUUCUUCCAAAUUCCCAGAAUUUGCAUGGGGGGGGGGGUUGGUCUUGGGGCCAGACAUUUUCAGGCCUCCAUCCUUCUUCCCUGAGGGGGCAUUUAACACUCUACCAUUGUUUCUCAAAAUGUGAACCUAGCCUUGGGGAACUUGUUCAAAAUACUGAUUUUCCAUAUCAUGUCAAUAGGACUGAACCUGAAUUGGGGGUGGGGGGAUCUUAUAGUUUGAUAAACUCCUGGGAGGAUUUUGUUUAAUACACAUUAAGAUUGAGAUUUUUAAUCACAAAUUAAUUCCCAGUGGAAGACAAGGGUUGGGCGGCCCAGAGCGGGGAGCAGGGAGGCGGGGGUGCGGAUUGAUAGAUGUCUUCCUCUGUCUCGGCAGUCUCCGCCGCAGAGGGGAAGGGGCACGGAUGGGGCAAAAAGGGAGUGAGUCCCAGACAGCCUGGGGCGGGCCAUGCCACUCCUUCCCAAACCCUCAGUGACGCCCCGAGCAAUAACAGGCCCCAGGGGAGUCGCUGUCCCAGAGCCACUGUCUCUCCGCCCUCCCAGAAGCAGGAGUAGGGUAAAGAGGGUGGCGCUGGGCCACCAGCGCGGCGGUGGGAGCAGAGGCCCAGGGAGGCGAUGGCCCUUCCUGCAAAGUCUGCCUAGGACUCUGGAAUCCCAGGCUGGGCCUUCACCCGCCGGGGUCGUGGCCCUCGAAGCCCCCUCCUCUGGGAGCUCAGCGACCACGCCAGCCCUCACCGUCCCGGAACGCCGUCCUUCCUCUCCAGUCUCCAUUUCCCCACCCGCGCCCGGAGCGUGCGUGUGUGCAGCGCCGGGAGAAGGGACGGAUGGGGCGUGUGUCUGGGAGGAUCGGCAGCGGGAUUCCCCACGGGAAAGCGGCCCAAGCCUUCCCCCGGCCUGUUUAAGACCCUGAACAGAAACAGGAGGCAGGACGCCCCCGGCCGGGAAGCGGCCCCAGCCCGGAUUUCCCUCCCGGGUGGGGCUGCAAUGACUCACCCCCUUCCCCCUUCCCCGGGUUUCCUUGUUUGCAUUUCUCCUCCCGGCCACGUGGCGGCCAAUGCAGCGGCUCACAGCCCCUACCCCGACACCCCGGCCGCCGCGACCCGGGCACGCACCCCAGGGCUGCUUCUGCCUCUCGGGGUUUCUCCCGGCUCCGGCUCCGGCCCGCUCGGCUGCCCCCGGGGUCCCGGCUCCGCCCCUUGCCCGUGCCCGCCCCCUUUCCUACCGCGGGGCCGGGCGCGUCCUCCCCGCCCCCUCUGCUAGUCCCGGGAGGGGAAGGGGGCGGGCCGCGCAGGGGGUGUGACAGCUCCCGCCCGGACCAGUGCCAGCAGCAGCCUCGCUUCAGUGCCCGGUGCCAGCUGGCUCUUUCUUCUGGGACGGAGGGGAGGCUCGGGGCUCCUUGUCGCUGGGGGUGGGGGACGCCCCCCCCAAGUCCCCAGCUUAUUUCCCCCCCCCGCCUCCACCCCAAGAGGAGCCUCUCCCCCUAGCUUGGCUGGGGCUGACCUGACAGCGGGUCCAGCUAGGAAUUGGCCUGUUCACUUCGCUUGGAACUUACAGCCGCGGAGCAGACGGGGGACUCGCUGGGGGGAGUCCCCCCCACCCCCAGCCUUUUGCUAGAAACUGCAGGGCUGUGUGAGCUUGAGAAGGAACAUGAAGGUGGGCUGGCCAGGUGAGAGCCGCUGGCAGGUGGGCCUGGCUGUGGAGGACGGCUCAGCUCUGGGAGCACCAACGGUGGGAGGCCUCCCGGACGUGGUGCCGGAGGGGACGCUGCUCAACAUGGUGCUGAGGAGGAUGCACCGGCCCCGAAGCUGCUCCUACCAGCUGCUGCUGGAGCACCAGCGCCCCAGCCGCAUCCAGGGGCUUCGCUGGACGCCACUCACCAACAGCGAGGAGUCCCUGGAUUUCAGCGUGAGCCUGGAGCAGGCCUCCACAGAGCGGGUCCUCAGGGCUGGGAAACAGCUGCAUCGACAUCUCCUGGCCACCUGCCCCAACCUCAUCCGAGACCGAAAGUACCACCUUAGGCUCCACCGGCAGUGCUGCUCUGGCCGGGACCUAGUAGAUGGGAUCUUGGCCCUGGGGCUGGGGGUCCAUUCCCGGAGCCAAGCCGUGGGAAUCUGCCAGGUGCUGCUGGAUGAAGGUGCCCUCUGUCAUGUGAAACACGACUGGGCCUUCCAGGACCGAGAUACCCAAUUCUACCGCUUCCCGGGGCUGGAGCCAGAGCCUGCGGGUGUCCAUGAGCUGGAGGAGGAGUUGGUGGAGGCGCUGGCCCUGCUCUCCCAGCGGGGGCCUGACGCCCUGCUCACAGUGGCCCUUCGAAAGCCCCCGGGUCAGCGCACAGAUGAGGAGCUGGACCUCAUCUUUGAGGAGCUGCUGCACGUCAAGGCUGUGGCCCACCUUUCCAACUCGGUGAAGCGGGAAUUAGCGGCGGUUCUGCUCUUUGAACCACACAGCAAGGCAGGGACUGUGCUGUUCAGCCAAGGGGACAAGGGCACCUCAUGGUACAUUAUCUGGAAGGGAUCUGUCAACGUGGUGACCCAUGGCAAGGGCCUGGUGACCACACUGCACGAGGGAGAUGACUUCGGACAGCUGGCUCUGGUGAACGAUGCACCCCGGGCAGCCACCAUCAUCCUGCGAGAAGACAACUGUCACUUUCUCCGCGUGGACAAGCAGGACUUCAACCGUAUCAUCAAGGAUGUGGAAGCAAAGACCAUGAGGCUGGAAGAGCAUGGCAAAGUGGUGUUGGUGCUGGAGAGAAGCUCUCAGGGCUCUGGCCCUUCUCGUCCCCCCACCCCAGGCAGGAACCGGUAUACAGUGAUGUCUGGCACACCAGAGAAGAUCCUAGAACUGCUGUUGGAGGCCAUGCGGCCCGAUUCCAGUGCUCAUGACCCAACAGAGACAUUCCUCAGUGACUUCCUCCUGACCCACAGUGUCUUCAUGCCCAACGCUCAGCUCUGCGCUGCCCUCCUGCACCACUUCCACGCGGAGCCGGCAGGAGGCAGCGAGCAGGAGUGCAGCACCUACGUCUGCAACAGGAGGCAGCAGAUCCUGAGGCUGGUCAGCCAGUGGGUGGCUCUGUAUGGCCCCAUGCUCCACACUGACCCUGUGGCCACCAGCUUCCUCCAGAAACUGUCAGACCUGGUGAGCAAGGAUGCCCGGCUUAGCAACCUGCUGCGGGAGCAGUGGCCCGAGAGGCGGCGACACCACAGGUUGGAAAACGGCUGUGGGAACGCAUCUCCUCAGAUAAAGGCCCGGCACAUGCCUGUUUGGCUCCCCAGCCAGGACGAGCCCCUUCCCAGCAGCAACUGUGCCAUCCGAGCUGGGGACAAAGUCCCCUAUGACAUCUGCCGGCCAGACCACUCGGUGCUGACCCUGCAGCUGCCAGUGACGGCCUCGGUCAGGGAGGUGAUGGCGGCCUUGGCCCAGGAGGAUGGCUGGACUAAGGGGCAGGUGCUGGUGAAGGUCAACUCCGCAGGCGAUGCCGUUGGCCUGCAGCCAGAUGCCCGUGGUGUGGCCACAUCCCUGGGGCUCAACGAGCGGCUCUUUGUUGUCAACCCACAGGAAGUGCAUGAGCUGACCCCACACCCCGAGCAGCUGGGGCCCACCGUGAGCUCUGCUGAGGGGCUGGACCUGGUGAGCACCAAGGACCUGGCGGGCCAGCUGACGGAUCACGACUGGAGCCUCUUCAACAGCAUCCACCAGGUGGAACUGAUCCACUACGUGCUGGGGCCCCAGCAUCUGCGGGACGUCACCACCGCCAACCUGGAGCGUUUCAUGCGCCGCUUCAACGAGUUGCAGUACUGGGUGGCCACGGAGCUGUGUCUCUGCUCUGUGCCCAGCCUGCGGGCCCAGCUGCUCAGGAAGUUCAUCAAACUGGCAGCCCACCUCAAGGAGCAGAAGAAUCUCAAUUCCUUCUUUGCUGUCAUGUUUGGCCUCAGCAACUCGGCCAUCAGCCGCCUGGCCCAUACCUGGGAGCGGCUGCCCCACAAAGUCCGGAAGCUGUACUCAGCCCUCGAGAGGCUGCUGGACCCCUCAUGGAACCACCGAGUGUACCGUGUAGCCCUCACCAAGCUGUCCCCUCCUGUCAUCCCCUUCAUGCCCCUUCUUCUCAAAGACAUGACCUUCAUCCAUGAGGGAAACCACACCCUGGUGGAGAAUCUCAUCAACUUUGAGAAGAUGAGAAUGAUGGCCAGAGCCGUGCGGAUGCUGCACCACUGCCGAAGCCACAGCAAUGUGCCCCUGUCACCACUGAGAAGCCGAGUCUCCCACCUGCACGAGGACAGCCAGGCGGCCAGGAUUUCCACGUGCUCGGAACAGUCCCUGAGCACCCGGAGUCCGGCCGGCACCUGGGCUUCUCUCCAGCAGCUGAAGGUCAUUGACAACCAGCGGGAGCUGUCUCGCCUGUCCCGGGAGCUGGAGCCUUGAGGAGUGGUUAGGCUGGAGCGGGCACUUGCCACCAGGAGAGCCAGGGCGUGCCGGGCCUGGAGGCCCACAGGCUGGCCGAGCCGGGCAGGGCUCUCCACGGACUGGACUCGAGGCCCUGGAGCAGGCGACGCGGAGGCUGCUGUCCCCUGUGAUGACAGGUGGCCAAGAAGGACCUCAGAAUGAGAUGAGCGGGGGCCUCAGGCCAAGGAAUGGGGGACAGAGAGGCCCCGGAGCGGGUGGGAGAGCAGAGCGCCCUCUCUGUUCAAUAGAGAGCUCUCCACACCCAGGUUUUUACCA